AGGUAGCACCGUAGCAGGAGCUUUCUUUCCUCCUGCACUCAUCUCCAUCGUCGCCUCGCGUGCCUGCUAUCUGUGCCUAGCAUCAAAGGCCGUCGAAUACCAUCAAUUAAUAUUAUAAUAUCCAUUCGCAGUCCAACGCCACCUGCACUCUAGUUCCCGUGCGUCGUCAAUUGUGAUCCCAGCCCCCUGGCAGCACAAGCAAAUGCGCCCUCACAGCUCCCUCCGCCGCCCACCACAAGGAUGCCUCUAGCAGCCACCCCCGAGUCCACCACCCCUCUCGCCGACUUCUUCUGGAUUGCCGGUGUCGACGGCCAGGAAAUCGAAGAUACCUACUGGAGGCUGCGAAAUGAAUAUCUGAGCAAGCGAGAGAGUGCCCCGGGACCUGCCGUCUCCGAUACUAUUGAGGAGGAUGCCGAGCAUGAAGAAGACCACGCCAGGGCCAGUGCCAACGGCACUGAGCUAACAUCCAGCAACAGAAAUUCGCUCAAUCGACUGUCGAGGCUGUCGACCGACCCUCGCUUUUCCAUCUACUCAGGCGAUUCAAAGCUCUCCGAUCCCAAGGGAGCAGGGAGCAAUAGCAACCGGAGCAGCAUGACCAUUCGUGCGUCCACCGCGUCCAUGGAGAACUUUGAACUAGGAAAUGGUGAAUUCGACUUUGAUAAAGCGCUGCUCAAGUUCGCCUCCGAGAGAGAGUCCUUUUUGACGGAUUUGAGUCUGAGUGCUGGCGCCAUCACCCCCGCACGACCCAAGCCUCGAGCGAAGAUGCAGAAGAUUGUAUCAGAAGAAAAGCCUGCGUCGACAAAUCCGCUCAAGUCUGGCAUUGGCAGUGUCCGGCGUCAUAUGUCUUUCAGGGAUAUGAACAGCAUGAAGCGGCAGCCAUCACUUGCUCGACAAGCGUCAGUCCGCACAUCUCGACGAUUGAGCAAUUACAACUCAGUUAUACCCGUUCCUCAGCCACUCGAUACCUCACCAUCAAUGCAUCCUCUGAAGCGAAGGUUCGAGCCGGUAUUGCUGGACCGGUAUCCUCAGAAAGGCAUGGUCGACGAACAUGUCCAGCGAGGGACAUUUCCUGACUACGUACCAAUGUUCGCAUUUCCCAACGAUAUCAAUAUCGUUUCGUCGGAUCAAAAACCCCGCUCGACAUGGCAUGGUUUCGUUAUGACUACUGGUGAUGGCAGCAAGCUGCACGGUGUUUGCAUUAUAUUAUGGAUUCCGUUGGGCCAGAAAGCUGCCGAAGCACUUGAAGAAUGUUGUGAAGAAUGGCGCAAGGAUAAUAUGACCGAUGAGGAACGAGAACUCGCCGCAAGUCUAGGAGGGAGAUUGGCUGAUGAACGAGCCAAGCUUUCCACCCUUUUGGCCCGUCUUCCCACAGUCCCUUCUGGAUCUCCGGAGAGAGAAAAACUUGAGGAUGACAUUAGUGCUGUUGAGGAGAAAAUCGGACUGAUGACGGACCUUCUUCGACCGGUACGACACGGUGCAGCAUCCAAAAUCGAAGGCUUGACAGAUGACUCCGGUUUUUGGAUCCCUAGAGCAUAUGGUAUCAUGGGAAAGAACGCUUCCAUGACCAGUUUCUGGAAGGAAUGGCUCAAGGCCGUGGCAGUUCCUCGGACCAAUGGAGGCGUCUUGAGAGUUCCGGCUAGCUCUCCUACAGUUGGUAUCUGGCAACCGCUAGAAAGAUAUGUUAUGAACCUCUGUACGGAAGCAUUCAGCCCCAUAUCGUCAAAAACUCAGGUUGAGUUAUCUGUACGAGAGCUGCGGCUUUUCGCCCGAAAAGAAGCCCCGAAUGAGCUCCCGGGGUCUCGAAAUACUGAUUUAUAUGCUCUUUUCCGUUCCCUGUCUAUAUCAAACAUUAUUGUUCUUUUCGAGUAUGCUCUGGCAGAGUCUAGAAUCAUUUUUCUCUCAUCGCACACGUCUAUGUUAUAUUUAGCUACAAGGACUCUUGUUGACCUCUUGUUCCCUUUCACUUGGGCGGGAGUGUUAAUCCCAGUGUUACCAGCUCGUCUUAUCCAGGCCCUAGAAGCCCCUUGUCCGUAUAUUGUGGGAAUCGAAAGGCGAUACGAAAAAGUCGAAUUACCGUCGGACAGUUUUGUCUUGGUAGAUCUUGACUCCGACACGAUCGAAAGCGAUGUAAGCCCAACACCUCUACCUCGUCACCAGCGAAAGAAGCUGUUCUCCCUCCUUCAACUAGCUGCCCCACACCACAAUCGGUUUGGUGUGCGCCCUGGUCCACCAUCAUAUGCUGUAGAGGCGUACCCAUUCGACUCCUUUCCCACCGAGAACGGAUCUAUAUUGAAUUACAAGGCUGGGUCUACUUAUCUUUCUCGCUACGUCAGCCUGAAUUCAAAUUCUUUUGGUAAUGACCAGGGUGUUGCAGCCACACAAACACCUGUUUACAAUGCAUUCUUGUACGCUCGCGAUGAACAACCGCCUUCGAGGGGCUUUUCCAGAGGAAAUGAGCGGCCAGGGACAAGCUCAACAUCCAAGACAGGGUCCCCACCAUCCCCUAGGACCAGCUCACCGACAUCGGGACAUUUUCCGCCUCCUCUGCCAGUCACUCCUGUAUCUCGAAAUGACUCGGGUAUGGCAUUGCAAGCGUCUCUACGGGAGAAGCGAUCAGGUCAUUUCGAUGCUACUUCCCGGAGAAGCUCGUCGUUUGGCGCAGAGAGAAGAGGUGUUCCACGUCGGCCGAGCGUACCUUUCCUUGGCCACGCUUCUAACUUGUCUGUAACGACAUUGAAUACCGACUACGGCGGAGCAUCAACAUAUGCGCCGUCUGUGUAUGCCACGUCGACCAUUGCCGCAUCUACCAUUGUUCCCCAAGCCGUUGUUCAGCCUGUAUUCAACACUGACAACACCUGCUGGGUGGAAGGACACUGUCUCCAGCGUUACCCGCGUGACGACAAGUUGAUAUGCUCAAUUUGCGACGAAAGGGCAGAGGAAGGAAUGUAUAAAUGCACUGGCUGCAAGACCUAUGUUCAUGGAAGAUGCGCCCCCUUGAUUUGCCUGGUGUGUCCUGCUGCUUUCCACCCUGAGCAGAUUCGAGCAGCAUUUGUGCGCUGCUUUGCUAGCUUGUUGUAUACAUAUAAAAAGUUCAUGCUGCCAGCCAGUAAGGAGCAGAAGAAGUCGGGAUUAACGUACCAUUUCAAUAUGGAUGGUUUCCUUAAAAGCCUGCCUCAUGAGCACGCGGAAUAUGUGGCGGUUCUGCAGCAGACCCAAGCAUUCAAUGAGUUCAUAGGUGAACGCGAGCGGGUGAAGUCCAAUGCCAAGGACCCGGAAAUUGUUUUGUUUGAUGAAGUUAUCUUGUCGAAGCGUAAUCGUGGACGAUCGUCUAUCUUUUCCGGGCGCAUGGCUACCGACUUCUUAUCGAAUACCCAAGACCAUCUCUGGCGGUCGGCGGCAGCAACCUCUUUCCCGCCUACAAGUCGGACGCAGCAGAGUAUAUCAGAUGACUAUGCGGAAGUUAUCAGGCGAGCGCCAGCAAAGCUCGAUCAUUCUUACAUGAAGGAGCCUCGCAUGGUGCAAGGAGUGCCUCGGAUGUCCAAAACUGCCAACAAGAGGAAGCCUCUGCCCAAGCUGAUGAACGGCCUCGCCAUUUCACCGCCAUAAGCAGCCAGCCGACAGGGUCUUUUCAUCGUACAUUCGAGGAAAUCAAUUCUCCUUCUCCAUUCGAGGCAUCUUCAAGAAUAGAGCAGAGCACGAGGGUCUGCCAUCCAUCAGGCCAUUUUGGCAUUCCUUUGCAUGACGACCUGCAUCGAUUCCGAGACGGGGAUCCACAUCCCUGUGAACGCACAGCACACAUCAAGUUGAUAUGAUUUGCUUUGACGAUUCUUAACGACCAAGUACACCCGUACUGAGUAUAUACUGAAAUCUUCCCGAUGACUGUAAUGACGACAGCAUAGCGUUUUCGCCUUCUAAUUAAGAAGGAUCGGUCUCGCGUCCACCUGUUUAAUGUUUCACCUGUUUGAUGUUUCACCCUCGUUUAGAAUACCCAGUGGGCUAUUUUUGUGUUGGAUACCAUAGAAUAGCUACUCUUCUUUCUUACUGCUGUACGAUUGGUUAAUCAAGACAAGACAAAAGUUGGUUAUUUG